ACUUAGAGGGUUGUGGUUACAGGACAUCAUGGCUCUCCGACUACAACUGUGCCUUAUCGUAUCUCUCAGUUUUAUUAGUGCUCAUCCACUCUCCCGCCAAAGCAAUGGUUUACGCGACUGCCGUCAAACCACAACAAUCCCUGCUCUAGAGGUGUUGCCCGGUGGUGGCUGGGAUAACCUCCGUAAUUUGGACAUGGGAAGAGUGAUGAACUUCAGUUAUUCCCAAUGCCAAACCACAGAGGAUGGAGUCUAUCUCAUACCUGAUGAAGUGUUCGUUAUCCCACAGAAGGUGAGCGGGGUGGAGACCAAUUCGGAUAUGAUCUCUUCGUGGCUCGACCAACACAGUACCACCUCUCACUCAAUCAACGCAGAUGCUUCUUUCUUCUCCGUCCUCAACGCAAAAUACUCCUCAGAGAAUCAAAGAAUGAAGACUCAUCAGGUCCGAGAGACUGCUGUUACUGCCCGUGUACAGGUGCGGAACCAUAUCUACACGGUGAAGACGUAUCCAGACUUUACUCUGGAUUCCCGAUUCGCCCACCAGGCUGAGGAAAUUGCCGAUGCUAUCGAAAACAAUCAAACUAGGCAAGCAGCUUACCUGUCAGAGAGGCUAGUCCUUGACUACGGCACUCACGUGAUAACCACCCUUGAAGCCGGUGCCACUUUGGUGCAAGAGGACUAUCUCAGGGCAUCUUAUGUUGCCGACAGUGACUCUUCUAAGUCUACAGUGACGGCUUCUGCCGGAUUUAACUUUUUCAAUAAAGUUAGUUUUAACAUUGGCAGCAAGGACUCUUAUGAAACGUCAGAAACUCGCAGUUAUGAGGGAAACGUGACGUACUCCCUGACUCAGAGCCAUGGUGGGACUUUGUUCUACCCUGGCAUAACUUUGCAAAAAUGGCAGGAAAGCACCCUCAACAACCUGGUAGCUAUAGAUCGUGCAGGAAUGCCGCUGCAUUACUUUCUUUCCAAGGCGGCGUUUCCUGACCUUCCCGAACCAACCGUGCGUAAACUGGCCAUAUCUGUGCAUAAAGCUAUAGAUCGCUACUACAACAUCAAUACGCGGCCAGGGUGUGUACAGCAGGACUCUCAGAAUUUCAAUUUUCAGGCAAAUGUAGAUGAUGGUAGCUGUGAGGGCGCGGCAACUAACCUGAGCUUUGGUGGUGUCUACCAGCAGUGCACCCAGCUCACACAAGAUGCAGGUCCGAUUUGUGAUGCACAAGCUCAGAAAAACCCAGACACUGGUGAUUACACCUGUCGUGAGCCCUUCACACCUACCUUCUUACAAUCUCAGGAGGUGGAGGAGGGAUAUAAUCACUAUGAAUGCCAUAGGCACUGCCAUAGCUGUUGGUUGUUUUUCACUUGCUGCAAAAAGGUGUGUGGUGAUGCGUACUAUGUCAGACGUGCCAAAGUUGAUACUUACUGGUGCUCUGCAAACACAGUAACACAACAGUAUUCUGGCUAUCUAUUUGGGGGGCUCUAUGGCCCAUCGCUACUGAACCCUUUAACCAAAUCUAAAAGCUGCCCUCCCAACUUCCUCUCUCUAAAACUGCUUGCCAACGGACUGAUGGUGUGCCUGAGUAAUGACUAUGAGGCAAGCACUCGAUUUGCAGUGCCUUUUGGGGGAUUCUUCAGCUGCAAGUCUGGCAAUCCGCUCAUGAAAGGCCACUCUCGCUGUCCGCCAAAAUUUAGCCAGCACCUGGCUGCCAUAAGCGACGGGUGUCAAGUGCUCUACUGCGUCCAGUCAGGUAUUUUCACUGGCGGGCAGUUGCUGCCCAUUCACCUUCCUCCUUUCACCCUCACUCCGGUCACCUACAUGGUGGCCACCAACACUGUGGCUGUUAUGACUGAGGGGGACAAGGCCUGGAUACGAGUUGGAGACACAAAGAUGUGGAAACUGGCCGACGCAGAUGAGAUUCAAAAGGUAUCAAAUGAGAUGAACAACUCUGCGAUGUCUGGAGGGGAAAAGUUUGGUGUUGUUGUUGGUGUUCUUGCGCUGGUUGCCCUGCUAGUUGUAGGUGUGGUUGUUGUGAGGAGGAAGAGGAGAAUAACUAUGCCUCUGAUUGGCAGUGGGUAUGAGGUGAUCAGGGGCGAGGGGCAAAGAGAGGCAGAGGCAGAGACCCCGGCUGAACCACAGUGUGAGGGAGAGAAUGACAACCCAACCCAGGCCCUGCUCCCAUAACUCCCCAGGGUAUUAGUCUCCAUGUCAGGGUUCACGCAAGAAAAAAACAGGGAAAGUCAACAGAGAAAGGUGUCAUGAUUUCUUUUCUUUACUAUAUACGUAUUAUUGUAUUUUUGUAAUAAUCAAAACUGCUAUUAAGGGUCGGCUACAUUAAGAUUUAAGCUUGACUAAAUUUGUCUGUUUAACAGCUGGGUGUGUAAGCUGUAAUAACUUGUAUUAUUAAAACAAGAGGAACACCCAUUUCAAAUGAUUUGAUUUUUAAAGAAUGCAAUGUUGUUUUUCUUUUCUAAAUGUUUUGAUUGUCAGAGGAAUGGAGAGAAUAUGCCACAAUCAGUGAAAGGCUAACACAAGAUAAUACAUCUUAUACUGUGUGGCUAUUUCAUAUUCUUUCUCAAAUAUAAACCUACUUUUGCACAUUUCUUGCACAUGUUCCUAUAAGUGUUCAUUUUAUCGAUCUUUGCACAAGCACUGAAAUAAACUGUUUAUUUUCCAGAA